AAUCAGCUGGGCAGAGAAGAAAGGACACCAAAGAUGGUCAGGAAGAGAUGAGAAACCCAUCCACCAGUCCCAAGGGAGCACUGGAGUGAUUGAGAACUGUCCCUUUGACCGUGGGACUCACAGCCCCCUCUGAGCAACCAGCACAGGCCUCUCCUCCCAAGAGGCAUGAGAGAUUCAUUCUGCACACCUCCAGGAAGGACAGUUUUCUCUGGGACACCCAGGUCCUGAAUGUCCAUCUUUGGGAGUUGCAGUCAAACUAGACACAAUUAGAGAAAGGAAGGGUCCCUGUCACCAGGCAACACACAGCUCACCCACAGCACAAUGGGGUGUCCCUGUGACAGGGACCUGCUGCAGCUCCAGCCUCCUGCACUGAAGGGGAGAGCCAGAUGGGGAUGAAAGAGGGCAAGGGGUGUGAAUGUGCACCCUGACCCAGAGCCAUUGGGACAGCAGGAGGCUGAGGCCCAGAACUGUGCUUGCUGAACCUACAGGGUAUGUGUGUGACUGUGUGAGUCUGCAUGCAUCUCUUUUUUGUGUGUGUUUGUGUUUCUGCACAUAGUGUGUGCCGAGGUUUGGUGACAGAAUCACUGCUGAAAAAGGCAGAGGCCAGGUCCCACAUUUCCCAGGGACAUGACACAAAGACAAAAGGAAAAAGAGACGGAGGGACAAGGAGGCAGGACUGAGAGGUGUCCUGGGCAGAGACCCCGCCCAUGAGCCUUAGAAGUGCUCCUGCCCCGGGAAGAGGCUCAGCACAGAAGGAGGAAGGACAGCACAGCUGACAGCCGUUCUCAGAAAGUUUCUGGAUCCCAGGCUUAUCUCCACAGAGAACACGCAGGCAGCACAGGCCAUGGGGCCCCUCUCAGCGCCUCCCUGCACACUGGACAUCACCUGGAAGGAGCUUCUACUCACAGCAUCAUUUUUAAUCUUCUGGAACCCGCCCACCACUGCCCAAGUCACGAUUGAAGCACAGCCAACCAAAGUUUCUGAGGGGAAGGAUGUUCUUCUACUUGUCCACAAUUUGCCCCAGAAUGUUGCUGGCUACAGCUGGUACAAAGGGCAAAUAAUGGACCUCCACCAUUACAUUACAGCAUAUACAAUAGACACUGAAAUGAUUAUACUUGGGCCCGCAUACAGUGGACGAGAAACUGUAUAUUCCAAUGCAUCCCUGCUGAUCCAGAAUGUCACCCAGAAGGACACAGGAUCCUACACCAUUCAAAUCACAAAGCGAGGUGAUGGGACUAAAAGAGUAACUGGACAUUUCACUUUAUACCUGGAGACUCCCAAGCCCUAUAUCUCCAGCAGCAACUUAAACCCCAGGGAGGGCACGGAGACUGUGAUCUUAUCCUGUGAUCCUGACACUCAGGACGUAAGCUACCUGUGGUGGAUAAAUGGUCAGAGCCUCCCUAUCAGUCGCCCGUGGCAGCUGUGCGAAAACAACAGGAUCCUCAUGCUAUAUGGUGUCACAAAGGAUAUUGCAGGACCCUAUGAAUGUGAAAUGAAGAACCCAGUGAGUUCCAGCCGCAGUGACCCAGUCACCCUGAAUCUUCUCUUGGAGCUGCCCAAGCCCUACAUCACCAGCAACAAUUUCAACCCCAUGGAGAAUAAGAAUGUUGUAGCUUUAACCUGUGAACCUAAGACUCAGGGCUAUACCUAUGUGUGGAGGGUAAAUUGUCACAGCCUCCUGGUCAGUCCCAGGCUAAAGCAACUUGGUAAAAACAGGAUCCUCAUUCUAACCAGUGUCACAAGAAAUGACACAGGACCCUAUGAAUGUGAAAUAUGGGACCGAGUUGGUAGCAUCUGCAGUGAACCAGUCACCCUGGAUGUCCUUUAUGGUCCAGACGUCCCCAGCAUUUUUCCUUCACGCACCGAUUACCAUUCAGGAGAAAAUCUCUACUUGUCCUGCUUCGCGGAUUCUAACCCACCGACAGAGUAUACUUGGUCGAUGCAUGGGAAGUUUCUGCAAUCAGGACAAAAGCUCUCUAUCCCCAAAAUUACUACAAAGCAUACCGGGAUCUAUGGUUGCUCUGCUCGUAACUCAGCCACUGGCAGGGAAAGUUCCACAUUCAAGAUGAUCGUAGUCUCUGCUCCUUUAAGAAGAGGACGUCUACCCUGGGAUAUUCCGACAUAGCAACUGUGAUGUCAUUUCUGUAUUUCAGGAAGACUGGCAGACAGUUGCUUUGAUUCUUCCUUGAAGUACUUAAAAUCAGCUACAGUUCAAAAUUGCUUUUUCUUCAAGGAGAUAUAUGGAAAAGACUCUGACAACGACUCUUGAAUACAAGUUUCUGAUAACUUCAAGAUCAUACCACUGGACUCUCUGAGAACUUUCAAAAUUUUAAUGAACAGGCUGAUACCUUCAUGAAAUUCAAAACAAAGAAGAA